AUGACUUCAUCUGUGUUCUUCAAGUUCAAGUCCCAGAAGGAGCCGUCGCGCGUCGAAUUUGACGGUACUGGUAUCUCCGUCUUCGAAUUGAAGCGUGACAUAAUCGUAAAGAGUGGCCUGGGUGACGGCACCGACUUCGAUUUAGCUAUAUACUCCGAAGAUGGUAGCGAAGAAUAUGAUGAUGACACUACCAUCAUCCCCCGAUCGACCACGGUUGUUGCCCGUCGACUUCCGCCUUCGAAGCCGGGUGCCGGCCGAGCUGCUCGAUAUGUCUCCGGAAAGAUGCCAGCGAGCGCCAAGAAUUCAUCGCGUCGAGAGAACGCUACCAAGGCCGCGAAGCCAGCAUCUACCGCCCUUACGCAGAUGAGCGCAGCCAUGACAGAAGAGGAAAAGCUUAACGCCAUGUUUCAGGCCCAAUCUGAACAGUGGACUGCGCAGCAGGAAGAGAUGUCACACCAAACCGCAGUGUACAAGCCAGGUGCGAAGAAACCUGCCAACGUUCCCGAUCACGACCCCCCGAAUGGUUACAUUUGUUAUCGAUGUGGACAGAAAGGGCACUGGAUCCAAGUGUGCCCCACCAACGACAAUCCCGAAUUCGACAAUCGUCCUAGGGUAAAGCGUACAACUGGAAUUCCUCGUUCCUUCUUGAAGACCGUAGAUAAGUCAGCACUCCAGCAGACUGGCACAGACGGCGAGGAUGUCAAGCCUCCGGCUGGAGUUAUGGUCAACGCAGAUGGAGAAUUCGUAAUCGCAGAGCCGGAUAAGGCCUCAUGGGAACAAUACCAGGCAAAGACAAAGUCAUCGGCAGCUGCUCAGAAAGCAGUGUCUGCUGGGGAUAAGGAACUUGAAGAGAAGGGCCUCUUAUGCACCAUCGACAAAAGGAUGUUCAUAGACCCAAUGAAGACUCCGUGUUGUGAGAAGACAUAUUGCAAUGACUGCAUUACUAACGCCCUAAUUGAGAGCGACUUCGUUUGUCCAGGUUGCCAGACGGAGGGGGUGCUUAUUGAUGACCUCAAAUCAGACGAUGAGAUGUCUACUAAGAUUGAAGACUUCCUUAAAGAAAAGGAGUCUACUAAGGCAAAAGAGCGAUCAAAGAGUCCCCCCGCAGUGAAACAAUCUCCCCAGGCAUCCUCCGAUAAGGAGACACCACAAGCAGACUCACCCAAAGAUCAAUCAGGUGCUCCUACAAAGGCCAAGUCAAAGUCACCUACCCCACCCUCCACGACAACGAAGUCCCCCCCUACAGAGGUAACAAAGAAGUCAACCACCCCUGUCUUAACACCGGCUUCUAGUGAGAUUCCUAAGCCUCAGGAGACAGCUUCCAAGAAGCGACCAGCGGAGGACGUAUUAGAGAACCCUAAGAUUCCUAAGGGACCUAAGGCCAUGCAACGGACACAAGAAGUCAAGGACGUGCAGAACAACAUGAUGCAGCCAGGUAUGAACGGUAUGCCUGGUAUGAUGCCUAACAUGAUGCAAUUCCCAAUGAACACGAUGAAUGGUUUUGGUCAGCCUAACAUGAACAUGGCAAUGAUGAUGGGGAUGAAUCCUAUGAUGAACCCAAUGAUGGGAAUGAAUGGUAUGUUCAACCCAGCAGCCAUGCAGGGUAUGAACAAUAACUUUGGUGGGAACUUUGCGGGCAUGAAUGGUGCCGGAAUGGGAAAUAUGAACGGCAUGAACAUGAACGGCGGCGGGUUCAACAACCAGAACCAACAUCCGCAUAGACCAAACUUCACUACCCCCAAUAGCGAUAACGACGCAUAUUUCCGAAAGCCCGUCAACCCUGGAAGACACCAAAACCGGCAACGAAGAGUCCGACCCAGUGAUUACAGGGAACUAUAG